AUGGCCAGGACUGGGUUCCGUGACACCAAGCCUCUGCUGGACUUACACAAGGCGGACGACAGGCAAGGGCUCAUAAAAACUUUGCAGGUUGCCUGUGGGCCCACUGAUCGCUGGCAGCCAGUGGAGGAGUCUGAGUCCAGGCUAGUGCCAGAAAAGGACCCAGAACCCAGAUGGAUACCUGUUCUGCCCUCCCGCUAUGUGGAUGGGAUACUAUCAGCCAAAAUGAUCAACAGUGUCUUUGUAGGGUUCAUGGACAAAACAUGGACAUACUCUUCUGGCAAUCGAUUGUCGAAUAAUGUGCUUGUUUUGUUUAUACUUCCCCCUACGUGUCCUCCUUUUGAUCCGAGUGUAACAGAUGGAUGUCUGGAGGAGCCUUUGCUUCGUCACAAUCUCAGCCUGCCAGGCCUCCACAGCCUCCAGGCGCUGGUGCCCAGCCUGUUGCGCCAUGAAGUGGAGCUCGCCCUUGAGAAGCUGGAACUUGUAUGGGACCGCACAUUUGCUUGGGAAAUGUUCUUGGAUAUGAUGAGAAGUCAAACAUGGCAAACCUUACCUAACACAGAGAUGACAAGACACUUCAGUGACGUGACUCGAGCUGUACUGGUUGACUGGCUCAUUCAAGUGCAUGAGAUGUUGCACUUCCAGGAGGAGACUCUCUAUCUGGCCAUUCACCUCCUCAACCGCUCCCUCCGUCUGGUCAAAGUCACCACAGCAAACCUGCAGCUCCUUGGUAUAGUUUGUCUCUUCUUGGCAGCUAAGAAAGAAGAGUGCCUCCUGCCUGAAGUGUCUGGACUUUGCUACCUAAUGGAUCAUGCCUACACUAAGCAUCAACUGCUACGCAUGGAGAGAAAAGUCCUCACCGGCCUGAAGUUUAACUUGUCCUACUGUCCGCCUUUGCAUUUUCUACUGCUGCUCUCCUCCAUUGCCCGCUGCAGUGCUCAGAUGGUGUGGAUGGCUCGCUACCUGCUUGAGUUGUCGCUCCUGGAGGGCCGUUGUGUGGCGUUUCUGCCUUUGCAAUUAGCGGGAGCGGCCCUUUGCUUGGCCCGGCAUGUCCUGAAGGAACCCCAGACCCCGGAGGGUGAGGCUGCCUGGUGUCUCGCCUCUGGCAUUCACACUGGCAGUGAGACCGUCCUGCUGAGGAUAAUCCAAAUUCUGGCUGGCGCUGCAGCCAGAGCUCAAACCAGAGAGACCAGUCCUACUUUUAUCAAAUUCUCCUCUCGAGAAACAAUGCAUGUUAGCAGACACCCUGGGGUUCCUGUGGCUGGGAUUAGUUUGUACAACGCCCAGCCCAGCACCAACAGAAUGGAGGAGAGCCCCAUCAUCGAGGCCAUGACGUAG